GGGGUGAUGUAAUUUAGCGAGAUCUCAGUUGUCGUUUCCUGAUCAUGUUCCUAUAACCUAGAGCAGAGUCUUUAGCGGCUGAAUAAAGACUGUAUUUUACAGAAUCAAUUCUGAUCUCAAAGAAAACCGAAACAAAUCAAUACCAUGGAGAAUGCAGCCACAGCCAUGUACGGUCCCGGCAGCAUAGACUUUGGGCUGGAAGGGGACGUUUGAUUGAUAGGUGAUACAAACACGAGGAAACUCCAUUUGAACAACUUAAUCGGGAUUCUCUAGGGCAAAAGUCACGUAUAGCACGUGUGAGGCACGAGCCUAUGAUCCUAUUGCUGCCAGUUGCAGUCCAUUGCAACGUGAUCUAGCUCUGCGUGUGUUGUGGAACGAAAGCUCGCGGCGUCACCAAUAUCAGCAGACGAUAGCCUCUCGUCUGCGCGUGGAAUGCUUCUUCUUCCAUUCAAUAUUCUGGCAAGUGGAUGAGAUACGCGAGACUUUGCAGGCAAGAGCUGAAUGAUUAUACUGGAACUACUAAAAUAUUCACCUAGUUCCUGUCGGCUUUCAUCUGGAGACGGAUUUGUCAAAGCUGGCAGACGACAUUUUCAGUGCGGAUCUUGGGCAGUUACACUGGAGAUAAGCCGUGUUUUAUGUAUCGAAAAUAUCACCCUAUUAGCCAAAUAAUCGUUAGAUCAUGUCUUGUGCAAUUGGACAUCAAUAUCGGAUCCAAGUGGGAUUUCUGUGCUAGAAGCUCUCUGCACCGGAUGUGGACCUGAACUCGGCACAGGGCAAGGAGCCGGCGACUGAUACGGUUGUAUGUGUACCUGACGGGAGACAGAGGGCCACGGGACACAUCGUCUGGCAUCGGAAUUGGAGCUGACAUUGUCUCUUUACCAGCUUCAAGGAGAUCUCAUUCACAAAGGAUAACAGGAUUUGAGAUACCUAACAGACGAGAAGUUUACGGAUUGAUCGUCUGCUUGGAGUGUUGGCUGAUUCAACUAUCGUCUGCUACCCGUGAUAGAGGGUGCCACCUUGUCGACAAAAAAAAACGAGGCAAAGAAGCCCCAGAUGCAUUAAAAACCAUGUGAAGCGCGGUCUUGCAGUGAUUCUACCAAGCAUCAGAUAUUAAAAUCCAGAAUCUCAACGUGUCUUCAGCCCGGUUUUCCGGAGCCCAGAAUGCAAUGUCCUGCAUGAGUCACAUCAUCGUCAGGGCCAUGUACGUACUCAAGCGUCUCUUCAGGACGGAGCAGGCGGACACUAAAGCCGAGCAGGACCAGAGUAAGCUGGUUCGGAAAGUCGGCAGGAAAGGAAAAGGGAAGGGAAACUUCAACAUGCCGUGUGGUGUGGCGGUCACCAAGGCUGGCGACAUCGUCGUGGCCGACACGGAGAACCACCGGAUACAGAUAUUCUCCCCGGAGGGCGUGUUCAAGUUUAAAUUCGGAGUAAAGGGAAGUAAACCGGAAAACAUGAAUUACCCAAUGUGCAUUGCCAUGACAACGGAUGAGUGCAUAGCAUUGACUGACAGUGUUAAUGCGUGUGUCAAGGUUUUCUCGGUGACUGGGGUAUUCAAAGAAAAGUUCGGAGGGAAUGAUGUGUUCGAGUUUCCCUACGGAAUAGCAAUCAGCCCCGACAACUACAUUACGGUGACGGAUAUAUGUAAACACUGUGUCGUGGUUCUCUACCCGAGUGGGGGUGUUAGCCAUACGUUUGGUUGCUAUGGCGACGAUGCCAGAGAAUUCGACCAUCCUUAUUUCGUUGCUGUGAACAAAAACAAACAAAUAAUCGUCUCAGACGCUGGCAACAGCGCAAUAAAAAUCUUCCAUUUCGAAGGAAAACUGCUGCGCACGUUUUCUCUGAACGAGUUCCGGUUACCGGCGGAAGAAACGUUUGUGUCACUCCAAGGCCUAUGCACAGACACCGAUGGAAAUACUAUUGUUAUAUGCAACAGUACAGUGUAUAUUUUGACCAAGAAUGGACGCCUCUGGGACAUAUUCACUCCAAAAGACGGACUUUCGUCGCCUAAAUGUGUUACCUUCUCUCCUCUGGGCAGAGUCGUUGUGACUCAGUCAAACUUUGACGACCGUCACGAAAUGUGCAUUUAUAGGUACAACGUUGAAGAUUACAAACCUUUGAAUACAUUAGUAUACUAUGCUAUUUCUAUUUAAUGCUUGUUGAUAUAGUGUAGUAUUGCUUAGAGUAGUGAAAUACUAGCUGCCUGUAGACAUUAUACUGAAGAAUGUGCCAUACAAGGGACAGUUGUUCUGAUCAUUGUUGACAGUGACUGUGACGUCAUUGGUUUGUUUCAAAUAUAUACACGCAGUCGAACCUCGUUGUCUCGGAUGUGCCGAAUCCCGGUUGUGUCCCGUUUCAGCAAUCUCUUACACAGUAUGUACUGUUUUAACCCGGGUGUGUCGAACUGGAUGUGUCGAAUAUACCGGUUGCCUCGAAUAUAUUCGAGACAACGGAGUUAGACUAUAUUGCAUUAUACCUAUUUCUAUUUCGAAUGUUUGGACGUGUGUUAUGUGAAUAUUAUUAUGCCUUUCUAUCCACAUUAUAUACAUUUUAUGUGAUUGUUAAAUACUUUUACAUGUAGAUACAAAGUUACAAGGUACAAAAUGUUAAACUUAGCAUAUACCAAAUGAUAGCAAAUAGUUGGUAUGGCGUGUGUGAACGAACUGUGACCAAUAUCAUUAAUUCUUAUGAAUAUGAUUAUUAUAUAUGUAUUGAAUUUGCAUGCCUGCCAUGAAUCAGACAAGACUAACAGAGAGCCAUUGAAGGUAUUUGACAAAGUUUAAGCAUGGGUAUGUUUAAAGCUGUACAACGUUACAAUAUUCUCAGGCCUUCUAUGUCCAUCUUCCCGAGACAAGGGAGUUGUCAGUUUCCACCCUUGCCGAACGAGACUGGAAUUUCGGAGUUACUUUUUAGCUGGAUUAACGAGUCUAGCCAUAGUCCAAUCAAUAUCGCGUAACGAAAUCGACAUCCGGUUUGUAACCUGCAGUGCUGAUUUCAGUCGAUUGCAGGAUUUUAAAAGCAUGUGUACCGUCAACUCGGCGUUGACAGAUAUUUACCAAAUCGCUACAUGUUCUUGAUCAAGGUGCUCAAGUAAUUUGAUGCACUUCGCGAGGAAAUACUCGUUUUAUUACAAUAUACAUCUUGAUCAUCGAUCAGAUCGUCUUGACUGGGGCCGCCAUUUUGUUUGAA